UCUUUAAAUCUCAACCCCACAGCUUGAAGCUAUCUCGAGACCCUCGACACAUUAUAUCAACUUCAAUUCCUUCUUGAAGCACCAUUUGAUUUUACUUGCAGGGUGUCUGGAUUCUCUGAAUUUUAUGAACAUGGUGGCAGCAAAGGCAUUGGUGCUUUUAAGCACUUUCUCUACCUCUGUACUUGCGGCAGAAGCUUCAAGACCUCGUGGCGUUGGGCCUGAGUGUAAGUACUCUGCAUUGCAAUUGAUUAUUUGAACAACAAACAAAAUAUUCGAGCGCCGAGAAGAAAACGGGACUUUGGGGCUUACUACCUUACUACCCCAUUGACGUGUUCCAAAGAAUUCUCGAAACUUCCUCUUCCGCGGACCUUUUGAGGACGACCGUCGUGAAAGCCAGAUUAUUAGGAAAGGUUACAUUUAUGUCCAUUAGCAUACAAGACUAACUCUUUCUUUUCUGAACUAUAGUCGCUAAAUUCUACAAAUCAACUGACAAAUUCACCUGUCUUUCCAACCCCUCCAUUUCAAUCGACAGCUCCAAAGUAAACGACGAAUACUGCGACUGCCCAGACGGAAGUGACGAGCCUGGCACAAGCGCUUGUACAUACCUCUCCCAUCUUUCUCCUCCUCAACCAUUACAAAGCUCGACGGGCUCGAGCCCUCAUAAUACGAGCCUCGCUCUGCCUGGAUAUUAUUGCAAGAAUAAGGGCCAUAUACCCUCUUAUGUUCCCUUCACUUAUGUGAAUGAUGGAGUGUGCGAUUAUGAAUUAUGUUGUGAUGGAAGUGAUGAGUGGGAAAGUGUUGGGGGCAUAAAAUGCGCGGAUAAAUGUGCAGAAAUAGGAAAGGAGUGGAGAAGAUUAGAUGACAUUAGGACGAAAGCUCAAAUUAAAGCGAAUAAGAAGAGGGAUGAACUAGUUAAAGAGGCACAAGGUUUGAGAGCAGGUGUACUGAUGAAGAUCGGAAGGACGGAGUUGGAGAUCACCGAGUUGGAGAAGAAAGAAGAGGAGCUCAAACGCAAAUAUGAAGAGGUGGAGAGGACAGAGCGUGGUAAGGUCGUGAAGACUUCCGGGGAGAAGACCAGCAAGGCCGCUAUUUUGGCGGCGAUGGCUAAGGCGAGAGUUGAGGAGCUGAGAGAUGCAUUGACCGGCGUACAGGCUAAGAAAGUGGCGUUGCAGAAUCAAGUUAAGGAGCUAGAAGGCAUUUUGUCGAGAUUUAAGGAGGAACGUAAUCCCAAUUUCAACGAUGAGGGUGUCAAGAGGGCAGUGAAGGCUUGGGAGGAUUAUGCUGCUUCGAAGGAUGCAAACGAAGAUGAGGACGUGGAAAGUCAGGAUAAGGCGGUGGAAGAGACGGCGAAGCCGGAGAAUGAUGGGAUUGAGUGGGAGGUUUGGGAGAAGGAUGAGGAGGAGAGUGACGUUGAUGCGAGUAAGUUUAGAUUUUUUUUCUCUCUAUAUCCCAUGCCCCGUUGCAUAAUGAAGAGAUGGCAAGGGUUAUGAGGCUGCGAGGAGAAGGUGGAAGUUUCCAUAUCAAUGUUCCUGGUGUGGAUAAGCCCGCAAACGCCUUUAGCUUGCUGCUUGCAAAGGUUUUUUGAAAUCCUUUCAUGACAAAUAGUCGAGAUUCACGGCAGUGGCUACGGGGGUCCAACGGAGCAUUCAUUUGCCUACAAAUUGUGCACGUCAGACUGCAGAAGUCAAGAGAUCACAGCUGAUGCACACGUGCAUUUCAAGGAAUGCUGGUGCUUAUUUGAGAUGGAUGAAGGUUCUUCUCAGUGGUCGGGAAAGAACUUCUUCAUGCACCAAUCAAUCGAUUUACCCUUGAAUUCAUUCGCCAAUUAUCUAUUUUAUCACUAACACACAUUAGUUUACAAAUUUGAAGAAUAUCUUCCACAAUCCAUUCGUGCCUGGGUCCAUCAAAAGGUCACUGAUCUUCGGAUCAUCCUCGUUGAAAAUGGAAUUUUGGCCGAUAAUGCCAAUUCUGGUUCCGAGUCUAAGGCUGUUCAAGAUGCGAGAAGUGCUUACCAAACUGUCAGCGAUGAUCUCGGUGUCAAGCAAACAACACUUUCCGAUCUCAAAUCCGACCUUGAAAAAGACUACGGUGUCGAUGAUAUCUUUCGCGCCCUCAAAGGCGUCUGCGUGUCCAAAGAUUCAGGUGAAUAUGAUUACGAACUCUGCUGGAUGGACAAGACAUCACAGAAAUCCAAGAAAGGUGGUGGAAACACUAACAUGGGUAAUUUCGUCCGUUUUGAUAAAAUAGAAGUCGAUGAAGAAGUCGAUGCGGAGGGCAAAGGACUUGGUAAAGGCAUCAGGACUACCUUGGUGUAUGAGAAUGGACAACAUUGCUGGAAUGGACCGAAUAGAGCUACGACAGUUGUGUUGGGUUGUGCCGAGAAGGAUGAAAUUUGGAAGGUUGUGGAAAUGGAGAAGUGUAAUUACAGGAUGGAUGUUGGGACUCCGGCAGUUUGUGAGAGGGUUGUUAAGAAGGGAGCCAAGGAGGAUGCGAAGGAUGAAUUGUAGAUAGAUUGUAGUGCACGAAUUUGAGGGGGUAGGCGAUAUAAAUGGAUUUUGGAAGUGUAUUGCCUGGCUUGGGUCGAGAAACGCAGAAUGGGGCUGUAUGGAAGAAGUGCAUCAGCUGCUAGUCAUUCUGGGCCAUAAUUCUUUUAAAUCCUUGUAUAUGAUCCUCUCAGAAAUAUCAUCCCAUGGACCUCGUUUCCAGGAACUUACUAU